AUGCAGACGAGCCGCAAACAAACCAACAACAACACUCUUUGGUUCUCUUGCGACACGAUAAGGUACAACCUGCGGACGCAGACUCGAGGGACCCUCCUGAACUACUGCACGUACGUCCAGUGGGUGCCGGACAGCGACGUGGUGGUGGCUCAGAACAGGGGUGCUCUGUGCGUGUGGUACAACAUACACGCCCCGGACCAGGCAAGAACCGCAAGGCUUAUCCCGAACGAAACCCCAAACCUCAGCCCAAACCCUGAUCCUGCCCCUAGCCCUCCAGCCGUGAUCAGUCUUCUGGUGACAACGCACGAGAUAAAGGGUGAGGUGUACGAGAUCGAGCGCCUGAACGGGUGCACGGAGGUGAUCGUCAACGAGGGCUACCGCGAGGCGAGCUAUGUCCUGGACGAGGCCCUGAUCCGGUUCGGCGGGGCGCUGGACGACGGGGAGUACGCCCUCGCCGUGUCCAUCCUCGAGCCGCUCGAGGUUACCCCGGAGGCUGCGGCCAUGUGGCAGCAGCUCGGGAGCGUGGCGCUGGAGGAAGGAGACAUCUCCAUCGCAGAAAGAUGCGCAGCGGCGCUUGGGGACGUUUCUCGCGCUCGAUUCCUGCGCAAGGACCUGCAAGGAGCGGAAGACGUGCUGGUGUCGCAGGGCAAGGUGGAAGAGGCCAUCGCCAUGCGCCACGGCCUGCACCAGUACGAGGAGGCCCUCACCCUCGGCCGAGCGCACCGUCUGCCCGAGGAGCGGCUCGAGGGCAUGGCCCAGGACUACUUCCGGCUCCUCGUCGACACCAAGCAGGAGGAACGCGCCGCCGCUCUGAAGGAGAAAGAGGCCAUCCGGCUGUAUCUCAAGGGGGGGCUGCCGGCGCAGGCUGGGCGGGUGCUCAAGGAGAGGUCGGUGGAGAACAAGGGGCAGCUGCUGGAGACCGUGGCGUCCACGCUCUCGGCGGCCGGGAUGCACGACAAGGCCGGGGAAUUCUACGAGGAGAUGAACCAGCUGCAGCGGGCGAUGGACAGCUACACGAGGGGGAACGCCUACCGCCAGGCCGUGGAAUUGGCGCGUCGCUCGUUCCCCGCAGAAGUGGUAGAUCUUCAGGAGAUGUGGGGGGACUACCUCAUGACCCAGAAACAGGUCGGUUGCGUGCCUUCGAAAUGUUUUGGAGGGUCUUUGGAUGCUGAGGUAGGUAUGCACGUGGGCCAGGAGGUUGACAUGGCCAUCAACCACUACAUCGAGGGGCGCGCCAACGCCAAGGCAGUCGGCGCCUGCCUGACCAGCAGGCAAUGGUCAAAGGCCGCGCAGCUCCUGGAAACCCUUGACGGGGAUUCCGCGAGGCCCCACCUGCGCACCCUGGCCCGCCACCACGAGCAGGCGGGCAAUCACGCGCUAGCGGAGAGGUUCUACGUCGACGCGGAUGCCCCUCAGCUCGCCGUGGAGAUGUACACCAAGGU